GUUGGGCUGUCGUCUCCGCAGAAAGAGAAAGAGCAAAAUUAGGGUUUACCGAUCAAAGGCCGGACUUUGGGCGGACUGGUCUCUGUCACUUUAUGGGUGCAGAAAAAAUUGAUUUGGGCUAAUGGCUUACCGAACACCUGUUGCCAUUCAAAAUGAGAAUUUUCAUAUCCAUAUAGGCAAAGAUGUCGAUAAGGUGAAAGGUGUCCUGCCAAAGCCAGCAAAAUCUGGUCGUCCAGAUCGCAAGGCCUUGAAGGAUCUUUCAAAUACUGGCAAACCUCCAGCUUCUCGUCCGGUUAAGGUGUUGGCCCUGAAAGAAAAGUCUGCACCACGUGGUUGGGAGACCAUCAAGAACGCCCCAAAGAGCACUUCCCUCACUGAUGAGGAAAUAAAGAGAUGCCAUCAGUGGGCAAAGGAGGGAAUUGAACAGACACACUUUACUGGAAACGAUAUACAAAAGCUGGAGAAGGAUAUUAAUGAAGAACGUAUAAACAAGAAGGUUCUGAAGGUCGUGUCUGACUUGCAUGAAUGGUUAAGUGCUUCAUAUGAUCUUGGAUUGCCAGAGAAGGAACUUUCCAAGGAUAUCACAGAUGUAAAGACUAUGGAGUUAGAAACCGAGCUGCUUCCUUGCAUUACCAAAUCUCCAUCUCCAGGUCUCUUUCCUUUUCUCCCUUCCUAUCCGGUGAUGCACAUACGUUAUGAAGAAGUUGGCAAUCUCCUUGAGUCGGAAGUGGAUCAUCUCCAGUUUCUAGAACGGCCAAUUGAGCUUGAACUGAAAGAGGAGGACUAAAGUUCUGAUGAAUCAUUGACGUCGCUUGUUGUAUAUACUAUCAAAAUUAGAUGAUGCAUUGUUUGUGCCCCCAUGCAUCAUCGAUUAUGAGGGUUGUGCUCCGCCGAGAGUGCUUGAACUAUUUCAGCCUCGUAAUUGAUCAUUUUCUCCAA